AUGAGUGAUAUUACAGAAGAAAAAAACAUAUCUUUGAUACAGCAGAGGGAAAGAGCACUUGUGGGCUCAUUAACUACAUCAAACACCACAUACAACUUUAAGAAACAGGGCCUGAUCAAGAAAACAAUUCGUAUUAUGGUGAAUGGCAAUUUCUUGCAUAUUGUCAAUUACUACAACAAGCAUGAUGCACUGAAUAACCUUCUGCCUACUCCGACUACCAGCCCUGAACUUGCAUGCUUACAGAUCUCGGCUGAUCUAAUGCCACAUUUGCAAGGGCAAUAUGCAUCCGCUUAUAAUGUGGAAGGCAUUAUUACAAAAAAACGAUUCAAACCAUCAGACUAUAAGGGGCUACCCUAUCAAGACGGCAAAACAUACAACAUAAAUUACUCAGAGUCUGUUUACACUUCGAUUACAAACAAUGGCCAUUCAUGCCAUCAACAGCAAUCAGGCACAGUUAAACCAGUAUUUGACGCGAACACUUAUCAUUACAGCACGAAGCGAAACAAAGCAAGCCAUGACACGCUCUCACUGUCGUUAUCGCCUACAUUGUCACCUCCAAUUAUCGUCUCUACUACAGCCUCCUCUCCUCGCAGCGAUACGGCUACUCUAACAAAUCGAUUCAACCAGUUUUAUUUCCCAUCAGGUACAGGAAUCUCUGAUCGAAAUUCCGUCCAUGACAGCAGCUUCUCUACAUCAUUCUAUUUCACGCCUUCGCCACGCAGAACAGCAUAUAACCACCACUAA